AUGAACGGCAGUUACGCUCUGGAAGCGCUUGACAGUGAGCGUCGUUGGAUGAAGCGUUCGGAACUGGUGGACUGCAGCCUGGCGGUGCUUGUCGGAUGGGUGCUCCCCCUUGUCCUCGAUCGAUACAUACCGCCUCGGGUCACUGCAGUAGCGUUGGAAGAUCCCAGCGUUCAACUUCCGAAACGGGCAGAGCUGGUCCCGGCGCCGCUGCUGCUCCUUUUUGCCUACGUGGCUCCAGUGGGGAUGCUUUGGUGGCAGCAGCAGCAGCAGCAGCAGCGGCUGCGCGAGUCGUUUGGAAACGGCUUCAGAUCGAAGGGCGGCACCUUGCUGGAUCUUUUAACGGGCGUUAUCGAGGCCAAUGGCCUGACACUGCUCGCUACCGUCGUACUGAAGCUGCUGAUCGGAAAACCGCGUCCCUACUUUGCACAAGUCUGUGGGCAGUACCUGGACCCCGUCCUGCGUCACGAGUGUGCCGGUGACCCGUGGCAGGUACGUGAAGCGCGCAAGUCGUUCCCGUCUGGACAUGCCGCUUUAGCUUUCAGUGGUGUCAUGCACUGGCAGUGCUGCAUCUGGUAUCUCGGCAUACCGCUGCCCUGGUUCGAGGCAUUGCCCAGCGUAACCAUGGUUCAUUUGCUUUUACGCUUGCUGCCGUGGACCGGGGCGACCCUGGUUGCGGCCUCACGCGUUCUCGAUCAUCACCAUGACGUGGUUGACGUGCUAGGAGGAGCAGUGCUGGGUUGUGCAUUGUCGCACUUGGUGACCAUGAACCGGUUCCUCCGACUCGAGGGACGCGUACCUGGACAUCAGAGUACCGCGUCGACGGUUGGUGCACGAAGGACUGCAUCCGCAUCGGAGAUGGAAGCGAUACAGGUUUCCGAGACGACGUCCAUUCCUGACGCUGUCGUCUAG